AUGUCCGUCUCCGUCAACCCUCGACGUAGGACUCCGGUGACUCGUCCGGAGUCCCCUGCCGGUAGUGGCCUCACCCUUAAGACCAACAGCCUCCGCAAGGGCGCUACCUUCCAUUCUCCCACCAGUCCUACAUCUUCUCAGGACGAUGCCUUGACUGCCCCUCCAAGCCUUCGACGCUCCCAGACCAACUUGGACGACGUUGUCGAUGCCCACUGCCGCCGCAUGGCGCUGAUUGUCGACGACAUCGACAAGUCGCUUGCCAACAUCAACCUUGUCUCUCCCAAGGCCAAGUCCUUCCGAGACGACAGCCUUCCCGUCCCCAGAGGUUUCCUCAACCUUCCUGUCGUUGAUCCCGCCAUGGCGAAAGAGAAGUCAAAGGAGACGGAACGUCGCAUUCUGCGUCCUAGAACCCGUCGUUCCUCGAGACAUCAUGAAUCAGACAGCGGACUCGGCACCUCUGUCGCGCCCACCACCGAGACAGAGUCUGCAACCACCGCAUCAAAGAAGGCAUCGGCCAUCACAAGGUCUGCCGCCAACACUUCUUCUUCCACCAUGGAGAAGCUUCCUGCCCUGAGCUCCAAGGCCGUCAACCGCAUCCACGAGCACGUCCUUCGACCACUCCGAGCCAAGCCUGCCCUCAAGGACUUUGAGUCGAUCGUUCUUGACGUUCCCAGACGCAUCAGAGACAAGGAGAUCAUCUGCCUGAGAGAUUUGGAAAAGACCCUCAUCUUCAUGGCACCGGUAAGUCAACUCCUGAAUGAAACUGGAGUUUGGGGAAAUACUUAUCGAUCGUUGAUGAAGGAGAGGACCAAGACCGCCGCCUUGUACCUCGAUUUCUGCCUGACGUCGAUCCGCUGCAUUCAAGCCACCGUGGAAUACCUCAGCGACCGAGAACAGACUCGACCCAACGACCGGCCUUACACUAACGGGUAUUUCAUCGACCUUGUGGAACAGAUCCGCCAGUACGCCGGCCAACUUGCUGCCGCUAAGGAAACUGGAACAGACGCUGCUGAGAUGGACGUUGAUCCUACCGACGAAAUCAAGCUGUUUGGCGGCAUCACCGAAAACGGACGCCCUGCUGAGCUCGUCCGCGUCCGCAAGGACGGAAAGGCCAUUUCUAUGGCGACCGGCCUGGAGGUCGAUCUUGACGAUGCCAAGAGCCCCAUUCAGAUGAAGCGCUCUUUGAGCCAACAAUUAGAGGACGAUGAGGAGAUUAUGCGUUCCAUGGCUCGCCGCAAGAAGAACGCGAGUCCCGAGGAGCUCGCCCCAAGAAGUGCCGCGAGCCCGGCUGCAACAAGGAGUUCAAGCGCCCUUGCGACCUCACCAAGCACGAGAAGACUCACUCUCGUCCCUGGAAAUGCCCCGUCAAGUCGUGCAAAUACCAUGAGUAUGGAGAUGGACCGCCACCACAACGACAAGCACUCCUCGGCCCCGCCCAUGUACGAGUGCCUGUACAAGCCGUGCCCUUACAAGUCGAAGCGGGAGUCGAACUGCAAACAGCACAUGGAGAAGGCUCACGGCUGGCAAUACGUUCGCACCAAGACCAACGGCAAGAAGCCCUCGAGCAAGGCCGGCAGCGUGACACACUCCACCCCCCAGCUCAUUCACAUGCCUACUCCUUCUACCAGCAGCGCUGCCACUCCCCCUCCGCCCAUCGACCAGGCUCAGUUCAACUUCAACGACCCUAUUCUCGCUCCUCUGCACGCCAUCGGUCCUGUGGGCGACUUUGCUUCUCACAUUGAUGGUAUGGAGUUCCCCUCUUACAUCUCGGACGAAGAAUUCGACCAAGUCCUUGGUGUUUCGGGCCCGUUCGAUGGCCAGCUUGACAUGUCCAUGUCUCCCUCGGACCACAACACCCCCUCCACCGACGUGUCUUACGGCCCCUACUCGUACCAGGAGGGCCCCGACUUCACUGUGAACGAGGACAUCUAUGGUGCACACGCGCAGCUCCCCACGCCUGAUCGAGCCGUCUUCGCUGAGAAGAUGAACAUUGCGUUCCCCAUCUACCAGUCUGUUUCUGCAUGCCAGCCUCAGCUGGACACCGUCCAGACUGCCCCUCACAUUUCUCCCAUUGGCCAGGGCAACGCCAUGCUCUAUACACCAAAUUCUCUAGCCGAUGUGGACGAGGGCUUUGAGGACACGUUCACUGGUGGCGGCAAUGAGUUCUGCGGCAAUGACUUCCAGCUGUUCCCUGCCAACAACAUGUCGAAGACGUACGAGCCUCUCUUUGGCGAGAUGCCUAGUGCCGGCUUGGGCUACUCCCAGACCUCGCAGGAUCCGUUUCAAUCCCUCGAUUGGAACAUGGACUACCAGAACUUCCAGAACCAGUGA